AUGGAUGUUCAUCGAACCACUAGCGAUAUCGCUCGACAACACUUAAACUCCAGUCAAGAAAGUCAAAAACGAUUCUACGAUCGUACAGCGCAUGGAGCCCCUUGCCAACGGGGCGAUUCAGUCUGGCUUCACCAACCCUACCCCAACCGCGGCAACUUCUCGAAACUAGACAACCCCUACACGGGCCCCUUUGAGGUCGUCCAAUCACCCCCUAACAACACCUACCGCAUCCGCCCCGUCUCCGGCCCAUUCACUUUUCCCUUUACUGUACAUUUCAAUCGACUUAAAUCCGGUCUCGAGACUUCCCCCAACACCGUUAUAGAAGACCCCAUACCAGAGACAGGCAUCCCAGUACACGACACUGUAGAAAUCCCCCGCACUUCCCCUUCACCCCAUCCCCACUAG